AUGUUAGUCGGAAACAAAGUGGGCCAAGUUUUAUUGGUGCAGUCGGGAGUUGCAUGUGUGUGUGGGAUGUCUGAAUCCAGGAGAGCUACUUGGUGCCCGUUUUGCCAUCCCCAGACUUCUACUGAUGAUUUGGAGCUACUACAUCCACUUGAGGCCAUUCUCCCUGAAUAUGAGCACUCUGUGUGUUCAUAUGAGAGCCUUGAUAACGGGAAGUUUAAGGCCUCCAUCAAGCUGAAGAUUAGUGCAGAGGAGGAGGUGCAACUGUGGUUGGAAGCUUUUCAAUCCAGGUCCAAAACAACCUGGAGGUUCCUGAAAACCUAUAAAAUCACCCCUGAGACGGCACGCACUAACAAGUACAGAGUAGAUCUCCGGUGUCUUCAUGGUGGAUCUACCUAUUCUUCCAAGAGAAACACAUCCUGCCCUGCGCUGCUCUAUCUUGUGCUCAAGAAAGAUCAUUUUAGCCAAAAAAGAAGAUCACGAUCCUGUGACCCUCAUACUCAAAAUCAACUGACAUUUCACAUUAACUUUCAACACACCCAUAAUCAUGACAUGGAUUGCCCUGUAGCCCUUCGGCAUCGGCCAGUCUCCAAGGAAACUGUUACAAAAUUAGAAAUGUUAUUUGAGAGUGGACAUUCUCCCUCUUCGGCAAUAAGGAUCUUAAAAAGGGACCUUCAAGAACAGAUGGGUGAGAGUUAUGCCUUUGCUUCUGCUGAUCGCUCAGUCUGCCCUGACCUGAGCUUUUGCUACAGAUUGUACUACAAAAGAUUUAACAAGAAAUGUAGAAAAAAGAAAAUACAAGCUGAGGAAAUGCACAUACCAGCCACAUUCAUUCUUCACGACAACGAAUGUUAUACUGAAAACCUGGAGCUGUGGCCAGACGACAGCCCCCCAACCCAAGACGGAGCUGAUCUUGAGCUACGCCUCCAGAAUAUGUUUGAAGACCUGUUGCAGAAACUAAGAACAAACACUACAUUCCAGGAGCCAAUAAAGGCAAUGCAAUACAUCAUACCGUUCAAAGAGCCGCAGCACUGCGGGCCGGAGGAGUUUUACGACAUAUCUGCGCUUAACUGCGCGAAAUGUGGCUCAGACCAGCGCCAAAGCAGCACUGGUCUUUCUUGCGUCUGCAAAGUUGGUUUUUUUGCACUUAUUGCUGAGAAGUCGACCAUACUGUGUCAGAAGUGUCCUGCAGAUAAACUGGCCGUAACGAAGGAUGGUUUUGGAUGUAUUCGCUGUCCAGGCAGUGUGAGUGACGAGGGGUUUUGUACAUGUCCGGUGGGCAGUGUCCUUGUUGAAAGAGAUCUGGCAGGGAACAUUUUGGAGCAAGCCCAAUGUGAGAUGUGUAAUGGCAGCAAACCAGCCUCUGCUGCCCCUAACAUCAAUGGAGACAGGUGUGAGAGAUGUCAGGCUUCGUUCACGAAUACCUCCUGCACAUGUGGGUCUCCUGGGAUUCUCUCUGGAGGAUUAUGUUUUCCACCCGGAAGUCUCCCAACAAACGUCAAUCCAAGUGUGAACUUUGCUCAGCUGAAAAUAAAUGUGCAUUCGGCUUGGUUUGUCAGAAACCUCUACUCUUCUGCAGCGGCCUGUCUGGUCUUCUCUAACGUGACGGCGUGCCAGGCUCUGGGGAACAUGUGUGUUCUGAACAUGCACACCUUCAGCGGCGUGAGCACUGACGCCUGUGGACUCUUCAACACCAUCUUCAGAUCCAGAGCAGCGCUGAGCUCAAACUACGACAUCUCCUACUGGAGAGUCAACUUGCCCUGGCUUUACUACGGAGAAGAGCCAGGGUUGGCGGUCAGAGUGCUUCAGACAAAUCCUGUGCCCUUUGGAUUCAGUUUCAGAGGAAAAGACAAGUUUACUGCAAUUAAUUUGGUCGCUGCUGUUUAUGAUGUACGCGGAGAGUUCAUCAGAUGGGAAAAGAUCAGUCCAGGAAAUCUGCAGCUUUGUCCAGACACUACGGUCAGACAUGCAGCAGCUUUUCAUUUUGGGACAUCGUACCAAGAAAGUUGUACACUCUCAAUCAAAGAGCUGCUGACUUCUCACCCGGAGCCUCUGUUCUACGAUGUCUUCAUGGAUCUUGGAGGUGAUGAGAACAAGAAGCUUCUUCCUUUACCCACACUGGUCAACAACCAACAGUAUAACGGAAGAUUCAUCAACCAAGAAAGCAUGAAAAACUGGUAUCUGUCUCGGCGCUUGUUUUUGGUGGAUGCGAUAAGUGGACGUGAGAAGAACUUGAAUGCCAUCCCCAAAGUGAUCCGUGUGAUAAAAAGUCUGACCAUAAAAUUUCAGCUUGUUCCUCGGACUCAGGAGGGGCAGGUGUUUCCUCCUCUGAUUUCUGUGACCUACAACGAUGUUCCCGUCACCGACAUCGACACACAAACAGUGACCACUUCUUUUUCAGUCCAAUAUGAGAUGGACCAGAUUGAAUCCAACUUGAAAAUGAAUACGGCUCUCGGCGUGUUGGGCGGCGUCGCGGUCUUGUAUUCAUUGUUGAAAACCGUGAGCUGGAAGAGGAGGAUUGGCUCUUCGCUCAUUGAUGCUGGGACGGUGUUCAAGUUUUUGUUGUUCUAUGCCGGAGAUUUGGCAAAUGUUUUUUUUGCCGUUACUGUUGGAACUGGACUUUAUUGGCUGAUAUUUUUUAAGACUUUAAAGGCCCAGCAGUUUGUCUCUGUGUUGUUACCACUUCCGGCUCAAGAGGAACAGUUUGUCACAUACAUCGGUUGUGCCUUCGCACUGAAGGGAGUUCAAUUUCUUCACAAAUUGACCCUACAGUUGUCUGUGGACAUGUUCUUAAUCGAUUGGGAGAGGCCCCGCAAUCAAAGUGCCUCCAGAACCAGCCAAGCUGGUAGUGAUGUGAAGCGAGAUCCCGCCCCUGUAAGCAUCUGGAGGACCUACUUUGUGGCCAAUGAAUGGAAUGAAAUCCAGACUAUUCGAAAGAUUUGCCCCACGUUUCAAAUCAUGGCUGUGCUUUUCUUUCUUGAGGUGCUGGGCUUCUCAAACUUGGCCCUCAGGGACCCGUCGCCUCUGUUAGAGCGCCCCCCGCAGGCGUAUACUCCGUCCUACAGCCUGAUCCUGCGCUAUGCCGUCACUACUGCACUGUGGCUCUGCAUUGGACUCCUUCAAGUGAUCUUUUUCUCUCUCUUCUACGAGUGCUUUGUUGAGGACAAAAUCAGACAGUUUGUAGACCUCUGCUCCAUCAGUAAUAUAUCAGUGUUGCUCUUAUCCCACCGGUGUUUUGGUUACUACAUUCACGGACGCUCAGUUCAUGGUCACGCCGAUACAAACAUGGAGGAAAUGAACAACAAUCUAAAAAGAGAAGGGGAGUCCCUGUGUGGUCAAAGGGGUCUGCUCCCCAACACAGACACUCAGACGUUUCAGGUCGCGCUCACAAUCCCGUUGCGAAAUCAAUACGACCGGAUACGAGAGCCGCUCAACCGGAGAUACAGACCAGCCCGACUGUUGGAUACAUCGUCCGGAAACCACUUUGAGCAGUACACCAAAGCUUACAACACCAUGAAUCACUUCCUGGGAGCUGUUAUCGACCAUGCCCACCCAGCUUUGGACUACAUUCUACGAGACAAACUAAUGCUUGAGCGUGUGAUUGGGAUGGAAUUUCUCGAACCAAAUGACAAAAGUAUCUUCUACAACGAUGAGGUCCAUUCCUUCAGUGACUUGCUGUUUUAUGGAAAUGAAGCCACACUGCUGAUAUUUGACACAUUGUUCUUCUGUGUGGUGGACCUGGGAUCUCAGAGCUUUGUGCUGGCGGCUAUUCUCACCCACAUCCAGCAAAUGAUAUUCAGGUUUAUUCGUGACCAGUGCCUCGUGAGCCAUGGUUGUGACGUCUCAGGUCCUGCGGAGUUUACCGCGAGUCAAAGUUCUGGCUCCUUCUACAUUCUCACGCCUCCUCAGGUCAACUCAAUUCUGAAGGCCAACGAGUACAGCUUCAAGAUUCCAGAGUUUGAUGGGAAGAAUGUGUCAGCAGUGGCUGGUUUUGAGAGUAACCAACUUCCAGCAAAUGCUCCGAUAGAAGACCGUCGCAGCGCGGCCACAUGUCUGCAGACACGAGGAAUGUUACUGGGGGUAUUUGACGGCCACGCAGGCUGUGCCUGUGCUCAGGCUCUGAGUGAGAGGUUGUUCUACUACAUCGCAGUAUCACUCCUCCCUCAUGACACUCUGUGUGAGCUGGAGGCCGCCGUGGAGAGCGGCCGCGCCCUCAGCCCCAUCCUGCAGUGGCACAAACACCCCAACGAUUACUUCAGCCGAGAGGCACAGACUCUUUACUUUAACAGUCUGCGGACGUACUGGCAAGAGCUCAUAGACCUCACAAAUCCCGGAGAGGUUCCGGACACACGGGAGGCUCUGAUGAACGCGUUCAAGAGGCUGGACAAUGACAUAUCCCUUGAAGCUCAGGUGGGAGACCCUAACGCCUUCCUUCACUACUGGGUGCUGAGAGUGGCCUUUUCAGGGGCUACGGCCUGCGUGGCUCAUAUCGAUGGACCAGAUCUAUAUUUAGCCAAUACAGGCGACGCUCGGGCAGUGCUAGGGGUUCAGGAGGAGGACGGCUCCUUCACUGCACACACCCUCUCCAACGACCACAGCGCUCAGAACGAGAGUGAAGUGGCUCGGAUCAGAGGCGAGCAUCCACCAUCGGAGAAAAAGACUGUCAUUAGACAGGAUCGUCUGCUCGGACUCCUCAUGCCUUUCCGGGCGUUCGGUGACGUCAAGUUCAAAUGGAGCAUCGAUCUGCAGAAGCGUGUGUUGGAGUCGGGACCCGAUCAGCUCCAUGAAAACGAGCACACAAAGUUCAUCCCCCCAAACUACCACACGCCCCCCUAUCUGACCGCGGAGCCAGAGAUCACAUACCACCGCCUGAGGCCGCAGGACCGCUUUCUGGUGAUCGGCUCGGAUGGCCUGUGGGAGACGCUCCACCGGCAGGAGGUGGUGCGUGUGGUGGGAGAGUACCUGACCGGAGUGCAUCAGCGGCAGCCUCUGAAGGUGGGUGGCUACAGGGUCACACUGGGACAGAUGCAGGGGCUGCUGGAGGAGAGGAAGGCUCGCACGUCCUCUGCCUUCGAAGACCAGAACUCCUCCACCCACCUGAUGCGCCACGCGGUUGGCAACAACGAGUUUGGCACCGUGGACCACGAAAGACUGUCCAAAAUGCUGUCUCUGCCCGAGGAGCUGGCCCGCAUGUACAGAGACGACAUCACCAUCAUCAUCGCACAGUUUAAUCCACAUGUGAUUGGAGCUCAGCGUCAGGGAGACCAGUCCUGA